AUGGCUUCGCGAGAUGUACACACGCCGGAGCCCGUCGCGUCGAGUCGCAGCGCGGGCAUCUCAGAGGUACAAAAGCAGGCCUUGGUAAACAAUCUACAACUUGAAAUCACUGAACGAGCGCGCAAACUACGAACCCAAUAUGCUUUACAGGCGCAGGGAUUACGGACACGACUCGAGAUGCGCAUUAAUCGGAUACCACAGGCGCUUCGAAAGCGCACCAUGCAAGAGCUUGUAGACGAACAAGGCGUCCGAACGAAGCCUGCACCAACUGCACCAGUGCCUAUCACGGCCAGGAUACCAGCAGCACUCUCAGUAGAGCCCACUGCGGUUCCUCGGAAGACUACGACUAAACGCAAGAGUGAGGUCAUGUCUAAGGUGGACGACAAAGAAAACAAUCAGCCCAUGGAGCAAGAGAUUGCGAACCCAAAGAAACGUACAAAGACGGCUGCUGCGAACAGUGCAACGGCCAACAUCAAAGCCACGCGCACGGUCUCGCGACGAGGGGGACCAACCGCAGUCCUAUCACCACGAUCGCACAACUCUCGCACUAUGCCCCGUUCGCCGAUCAAAUCAGAUAAUCCCGUCAACGAUAGCAGGACAACAACCACGACGUCACGCACCGUGGUCAGUGCCAACAAGCCGACCGCCGCUGCUGCACGUGCUGCUAGCCGACAAGCAGCAACUCGGACAGUCUCUGCUACCGCUACGGAUCACGACUCACGACCGAGCGACGCCAGUAACAACAGCGUCACAACCACCAUCGUCAAAUCCAGCAGCACGCGAGCGAAGAAUAAAGCCAGCGCUGCAACUCGGACUGCCGUCGCAACCACAGCCAAAUCAAGUCGAGCUCCUGCUGCACGGAAAGCGACGGCUGCAACGAGAGCGGGGAGUGGCACUGAAAGUGACAGUCGUAAUGACACUAUUGCAGUGUCGUCUGCUACAACUGCUGGAGGACGAAAGGCCACGACAGUGACCGCUACGACCACGAAAGCUGCAACGGGUCGCUCAUUACGGAAGAGAAAUUGA